CUCGGUGCGUGGCGGGCCGGUGGGCGGUGCAGAGGCAAUGUUUUACAAGAAGCCCAUCGCAGUAAAAGCAAUUUUUUGCGGUAUAUGGCUGUCCGGCAUGGUCAUAGUAUCCCAGUGGUACUCGACUUCUGUCAUAUGGAUGACCUGGUUGCCUACCACGCGCCUAGUGCCGCCUUCUGCGUCGGUUACUGCUCGUCUGGAACCCGGUGCAGCGAAACGGCCAUCGGAUCUGUGCAGUGCCGCCCUCGCCAACUACACGGCCGGUUCGUCCGUCAUGCGCUUCAAUAUCGCCUUCCUGAAGACACACAAGUGCGCGAGCACCUCGGUGCAGAACAUCCUGUUCCGUUUCGGUGAGCGCUUCAAUUUGAGCUUUGUGAUACCGCGUCGUGGACACUACUUCCGAACAUCACACAGCAUGACUGGCUACAAAGCACUGCCAUGCCAUGACCCUAAGUGCAACAUAUUUGCCGUGCACACGCGCUGGAACCAUUCCGAGAUAUCGGACCUCAUGCCUUCUGACACGGUGUAUGUGUCCAUGCUCCGCGAGCCAGUUAGUCAGUUCAAGUCGCUAUACGAUUACGUUCAGCUAGAAAGAUUUUACGGCGUAGAUAUCAACGAAUUUGUCGAGCUACCAGCGGGGCGGCGGCAAGAACGCCAUCAUAAGUUCGUCGGCGUCAACCAGAUGAUGUGGGACUUCGGCCUGCCGUCAACCGGCAUGCGCUCGGAGAUCGCCAUCCGCGCCAAGAUUGACCAGAUCACAGCUGAAUUUGACCUCAUCAUGCUGGUCGAGCGGUUCGAAGAAUCACUGAUCCUGCUCAAGGAUCUGAUGCACUGGGGCACUCGUGAAGUGACCUACUUGAGGUUGAACGCGGCCAGGGACCAGAACGCCUCCCACCUGAAGCCGACCACCAAGGAACGCUUACAUCACAUCCUACUCGCCGACCGCAUGCUGUACCAGCACUUCGCUGGUGUGUUCGAUGCCCGCGUGCGCGCGUUCGGCGUCGAGCGGAUGGCGGCGGAGGUGGCGCAGCUGCGCGCCGCGAACGCCGCGCUGGAAGCCAGCUGCGCCGACCGGCCCACAGAGGACUGCUGCCUCAACCGACACCGCGGAGAAGCGCUGUACGUUGACCGUCUUCGGAUCAGGGAGAGAGCGCUGAGAGACCUCGACCAGCGCUCUGUCCCCUGAACGUACGUGCCCCUGUCCUCACCGAGCGCGGGUCUGUACCGUGUGCAAUAGGGCAUAGCGUGCAACCAAUCUCCAACUAUGUGCGGAGGUCAGAACGGGUUUUUCU